CGACCCCGGCCGAGGGUGGGAGCAGCGCGGGGUCGCAUCGGCCCGGGGCUAGCGUGGUUUGCCGCUCCGCCCGCAGCCAUGGAGCCCGGGCCGCCUGGCAGUUCCGGGCCCGUGGAGCCGGGUCCUUGCCUGAGUGGUCAGCGCGGCGCGGACCACGCGGCUUCCGCCUCCCUGCAGAGCGCGGCCGGGACAGAGCCCGGGCGCCACUCGCUCGCCGUGGCAGCCGUGUUGCCUGCCGGGGGGUGCGGGGAGAGGAUGGGUGUCCCCACCCCGAAGCAAUUCUGCUCCAUCCUGGAGAGACCGCUCAUCAGCUACACCCUACAGGCCCUGGAAAGAGUAUGUUGGAUAAAGGACAUUGUUGUGGCAGUAACUGGAGAGAACAUGGAAGUCAUGAAAAGUAUUAUUCAGAAGUAUCAGCAUAAACGCAUCUCACUGGUCGAAGCUGGAGUGACCCGCCACAGGUCAAUUUUCAGUGGACUGAAAGCACUGGCAGAAGAUCAGCUCAACUCUAAACUCUCUAAGCCAGAAGUAGUGAUUAUCCAUGAUGCAGUGAGACCAUUUGUUGAGGAAGAUGUCCUCCUUAAAGUUGUCACAGCUGCUAAGGAACACGGGGCAGCAGGAGCCAUUCGACCUCUUGUAUCUACUGUCAUCAGUCCAUCUGCUGAUGGUUGCUUAGACCACUCGCUAGAACGUGCCAGACACAGAGCAAGUGAAAUGCCCCAAGCUUUUCUAUUUGAUGUGAUUUAUGAAGCAUAUCAGCAGUGUACUGACUAUGACUUGGAAUUUGGAACUGAGUGUUUGCAAUUGGCCCUAAAAUACUGUCGCACUAAAGCCAAACUUGUAGAAGGAUCACCAGACCUCUGGAAGGUGACCUACAAACGAGAUCUGUAUGCGGCUGAAUCGAUUAUUAAGGAGAUAAUUUCCCAAGAGAUUUGUGUAGUUAUGGAUUCAAAAGAAGAUAACAAACAUGUAGGUCAUCUUCUUGAAGAAGUGCUAAAAAGUGAAUUAAAUCAUGUAAAAGUCACAUCUGAGGCUCUCUGUCAUGCUGGCAGACAUCUUCAGCAAAUCAUCUUAGAUCAAUGCUACAAUUUUGUUUGCGUGAAUGUUAUGACCUCUGAUUUUCAAGAAACCCAGAAGUUACUGAGCAUGCUUGAAGAGAGUAAUCUUUCCAUUUUAUAUCCUGUUGUUGUUGUUUCAGUUCAUUUUCUUGAUUUUAAAUUAGUACCUCCCAGUCAGAAAAUGGAAAACCUAAUGCAGAUUAAAGAAUUUUCAAAGAAAGUAAAAGAAAGAAAUAUUUUGUUAUAUGGCCUUCUCAUAUCUUACCCACAGGAUGAACAGAAGCUACAGGAGAGUUUAAGGCAAGGUGCUAUCAUUAUUGCUUCAUUAGUCAAGGAAAGAAAUUCUGGACUCAUUGGUCAGCUUCUGAUAGCAUGAAGAACACAGAAAAUUACCUACUUUCUAAAACAUCUACUUGAGUAUCUUUAUUGUGCUUUAUGCCCCCACUACUGUGUGUGGUAGAAUGUUUCAAUUGUCUUUUAUAUCUUCUCUAUGUAGGAUGUGAUGCUUAGAUUAUAAAGCAGAUUAACGUUUAUAUUUAUGAAAUAAAGAAUACUUUUGUGUAUGACAAAUAUUAAUUGCCUGAACCAGAAAAAAAUAGUAGGUAAGUGGAAAAUAAUAGCCUUCAAAUGAAUCUUUUCACAGAGACAUGAAAGGUCAAAUAGAAAUAAUGAUGGGUGAGCUAUUCUUUCAAGGAAUGAGAGUUUAGAAAACUUCAGCUAUUAUCCUAACUGAUAAUUAAUCAUUCACACUAUUAUGAAGCUAAUGGAUAAACUUCAGAAUUGUUCUCACUUGUGUAAUUGUCCUGUCACCAGGUGAUAUUUUGUCUUUUUGUCUUGUGUUAAAAAUUUCUACACCUUAGUAAAAAAGGGUGAGGGGGAGGGCCAGGGAACGGAACUGUUUGUUUCUAGUGUUUUCCCCAUUUGCCACAUAUUACUCAAGAUCUCUAAAAGAGAUGUCAUCUCCUUCUUUUCUGUUUUUAAAUUGUAUGUUAUUCUUGGUUUGUGAACUAUAAUUAUGACUUACAUUAUUUUAAAGGGUCUCUAGUUUUCUGAAUGAACUUAAAAGUGUCUGGAAAGUUUUGUAAGUGAUUUUGGUCAGUUCCUGGUUAGUUUUCUUCCAGGUAGAGAAUCUAUUGUACAUCAUAGAGUUAAAUUAGUUAUUUUGAUUCAGAUGCUGCUACCUUUUAAAAUCAAGUUCUUAUUUCCAUUUUCCAUUGGUAUAUCCAUCUUAAAUAUUAAUAUUUUCCCUUGUAUUUUAUAAUUAUGGGUGUCAUUUAAUUCAUUAGAGGUGCCUUUUAAUCUGUACAUACAUUUUAUUUACUUCAUUUUUUAUUUUUUUGAGAUGAAGUCUCCCUCUGUCACUCAGAUUGGAGUGCAGUGGCACAAUCUCAGCUCACUACAACCUCUGCCUCCUGGGUUUAAGCAAUUCCCUUCCCUCAGCCUCCCAAGUAGCUGGGAUUACAGGAACCUGCCACCACACCUGGCUAAUUUUUUUUUUUUUUUUUGUAUUUUUAGUAGAGAAGGGUUUUCGCCACGUAGGCCAGGCUGGUCUUGAACUCCUGAUCGCAAGUGAUCUGCCUGCCUCGGCCUCCCAAAAUGCUGGGAUUGUAGGUGUGAGCCACCAUACCCAGCCAACAUACAUUUAUUUUAUUGAAACAGAUUAGGGCUUAGGCUGCACAUGGAAACUAUAAAAGUUGCAUGAAAUGUUUUCAAUUAAAGAUACACUAUACAAUAUCUACCUUGUGGAAUUUUUAUUUAACAUGUUGGGUGAUUUUUCCCUCUAGUGUUCAAGUAUCUAUAUAGUAGGAGAGUUUCUAUUUUACAUUCUCCUAAUUGAAAUGUGUUAUUUGAAUGUAGGCUUGUAUCUAAAUUCCUGGGCCUGCCACUUUCUUUCUCUCUAGGAAUAUUAAGAAAUUUAAAACCCAUUAAUUUAAGUUUUUGAGGGUGGAAAUAGGUAAGCAACAUGUGGAUUGUGGUUAGAAUGUCUGUGCCCUUGUUCAGGUGUUGGCUGUGUGUGUGGCGAAAACCACAGCUGCCGAGUCCACAACAUGCACCUGUUGAAGUCAUCAGGUGAAAAUGUUUAAGACUUUGAACAUGCUCAUGAAGGAAGAAGGGGAAAUGUUAUCAAGGCUUUAAAGACAGGGUAAGUGCCUUUAAGAAGAAAGAAGGAAACUGGGCAUAUCUGUGGCACAGCAAAAUCACCCUGAUCUCUGGAGCGCUGGCUGAGUUAACAUGGAGUUCAGCUUAAGGAAUCCUACAGCAGACAAGAAUUUAUCCCAGAGCACUUACUAUAACAUUACCCUGGGCAACUGGUAACAUUUAGUAUAAUUUAGUUAAUAAAAUAUUAAAUUGUGCUUGAAAAAAA